AUGGCGGUGAUGGCAAGGCUUCUUGCAUCGGGGAGUGUCACACAAAGAAUAGCAGAGGAAGUUGGCCAUCAGAAGUUUGAUGCUCAAAUGAUUUGCAGAGAGUUAAGCGACGCAAAUGAAGCAAAUUUGCUUGACGAAGAAGAUAUGCAUGUAUUUGGUUUGAAGCCGAUGAAUGAUCCUUUGCAUUUGGUAUGUUGCAAUGCUUGUAAAAGACCAGUCAAGGCCAGUCAAUAUGUGGCACAUGCAGAACUUUGUAGGUCAUUAAAUGCUGUGCAAGAAACUACUUUGGAGCCUGAUGGAAGUAUGGGACAAAGGAAACCUCCAAGGAAGGAGAAGAAAAAGUUGUUAUCUGCUUAUGCUAACCAGUCCACAUCAGUUGGGGAGCUAGAAAGAUCUGAGUCUGUAGAAGCAGAUGAUAUUGCUGUAUCACAACCCCAGUUGGAUGGGCAAAUCGGAAUGAAUUCUUGCUGUUUUAUGGAGACAAAAAGGAAUUCAGCUUAUGUAGAUGCGACAUAUAUGAUGGAUGGUUCAGGAGUUAGUCCGGGAAAUACCAAUGGCUCAACAUGUGUGAUGCUUCCUCCAACAAAACGGUCUAAAAUGGUAGCAGGUGAGCAGCUGCCGCUAUCAGAUAUAGGAAUAGUAUCUGCUGUAUCAAAACUUACAAGCACUCAGGAUGCAUGCCCUUAUAGGGAUUCUUCAAAAGGAGUCAUUUCUGUAAGUGAAAUACCUAAUGACUCUGCCCUUAAAUAUAAGAAGUCUGGGCAAGCCCUUGAAUGCUGCAUGCCAAUUAAAGCACUUUGCCAUCUUUACUAUGAGGCAGUGGCAUCAACUAAGGAGCUGUGUAGUGACAUGAGAGACUCACAUUCUUUACCUUCCAUGAGGAAACCUGAUCAAAUUCUUGCACAAAAUUCAGAAGUUUGCUUGGGGAACUCAGUAGGUUCCCUGCCUGAUGGCGACUUCUCAAAUCAGUUUCCUGUUGAUAAUGUUCCAAGGCCUCAGGUUGCUGGUGUUGGUUUAACAAGAAGCAAAAUUCUUUCAAAACCUUAUUCUUUUGCGGGUAACUCAGGACAAUCACUGGGGACCAUGCAACAGCAAAAUGGUAGUGUUCACGCUUCUACAUUCUAG